GCCGCCAUUUCCCUCUCCCGGCCUCCGCCACCGGCCUCUUUCCGGGAGUAGGCGGGGACCGGCGCGGCACAGGCCGGCCGGCCACAGGCGGUACGCUGCGGAGCGCUGCGGUACGGCCCGGCCAUGCAGCCGGAGCGGGGCGGCAGCCGGCCCCGCAGGGAAGGCGGGCGGCACGGCCGGAGGCGGCCGAGCGGCGCGGAGAGGGCGGCCGAGCCGACGGCUGAAGGCAGCGGCGAAGACGGCCACGGCCGAGGAGGAGCCGGGGGCCGGGGAAGAGGCGGCGCUCACGGGCACCGAGGAGGCGGGGGCCGGGGCAGGCGAGAGCCCCGGGGCCGCGGGGCAGCGCCGCCGUCUGCUGCCCACCACCACUACCGGCGGGUAAAAGAUGUAGAAGAUGAUGAAACUGAAUCACGAGAGGAAGAAGAGAUAGAAGUGAAAAGCUAUUCAAGAAGAAAGAUUUUUUCAAACUGGAGCCGCUAUGAGGAUGCAGAAAAAGAGGGACAGAAUGAAUGUGGGGAAUCACAGAGAGGAACAGACUUCAGUGUUUUGCUUAGCUCAGCAGGAGAUUCCUUUACGCAGUUUCGCUUUGCUGAAGAGAAAGAUUGGGAUACAGAAAGCAUAUACUCUAAACAGUUUUCUGCGUUUUCUGUUGACUGCCAGUCUUUGGCCCAGGCCCUCCAGGAACUGCCUCUACAUCUGAGGUUGAAUGUAGCUGCUGAACUUGUACAGGCAUCAACGCCUGCGGAGCUCCCACAGAUAAAAUCUAAAAUUACUGAAGACAGCAAGAGGAGAGAGCUUCUGUUUAGACAUUCUUUGGCUCAGAGUGAAACAGUGUUGGGCUCCCAUCCUGUUGGUGAUUCUGUUGCUUCAUCAGAGCCUGCAAGUAAACACGGUCCUGUGGCAACUGCAGCAGAGCCAUUCCAGAGAGCCCCUCAACAAGCAAAGCAUGAGACUGACCAUUUGGAUGAAGAACUAGAUCUUCUCCUAAAGCUAGAUGCUCCUAUUGAUUCAGUGUCAGGUGCAUUAUUCUACAACACAGCAACAGAGAACGAUCUGAAAGGGGAGAGUAAAGAAAACGACCCUCUAAGACUAGAUGUACCUGAAGAGAAACGUACAGCACCACAGCAACAGCAAAGUACGUCUAAAACUGUUACUGAGGAAGAGCUUGAAGAUUGGCUGGACAGCAUGAUUUCCUGAAGAACAAAUUUCCUCAUGUGAAUAAAUGGAUAUAACAAAAGUUAAGUAGAAAGGGGAAUCCUCCUUUAUCAAUUCAUUUUUUUUUCCUGUUACACUUGGUUCAGUAUGCCAAAUGCCUGGUUUUAUUUGCAGGCACCUAAAAUUCUGUGCAACCAAAAUUCAACUAGAUAUGAGUGAUUGAAAAUUAAGACUGACAUUCUUAGAAAGAUCUAAAAUUUGUGAUGAAGUUAGGAUUUUCUUUGCUAAAGAUGUAGGCUAUAAGAAACAACCAGAGCAGUUGUUUCAGCUUGUACGUGCUAUAUGCAGUCCUUAAAAUAAAGCUAUGAAUGCACAAUAAAUAUUUGCGUAUUUAAUCACUUUCAUCAUGCCAUGUUUCUCUAUUGUAGAAAAAUUAGAAAGAAAUCACAAAGGCAAUAUUUGGUUUAUAAUACUUUAUUGCAGUGGGCACUUUUCAUUAGAAGAAAAAAAUGCAUAAACCUAGCAGCUUCUAUUUGCAGGUGACCACAGAGCAUUGUUUUAUUUUGGCCUAAAAUUUAAAUUGUAUUCAUUUUGAUUCAGUGUAUGUCUUUUAACAGCAGCAUCUAAUAAGCUGUUAUUGAAGGUAGUAUACAAACAAACUUCAAGUGCAGUUUCAUACAGAAAGACAGAAAAGCAAUAAUGGAUCUGUUCAUCUAGAACACUAACAUAAAAAGUUUGCAUAGCUAUGUCUACGGAGGUUUUAAGGCACUUAAUGAUUCAAGGUCAACAAAGUGUUUGAAAAUGUUUCAUUUUAACUGCUUAAAGCUUUUUGAGCUGUGUCUUAGUACAUUCACUAGCAAAUACUGUGGGGAAAAACUGGGACAGCACUUAAUUAAAAUACUUUUUCUGAGGCUUGGCCUCUGAUGUUCAAGUUCGUAAAUGUUGUGCAGUUAAGACACCUUUUAGCCCUUUCAACUCUGUUACCAAACAUUAGGUUAACAAUGUGGUUAAAAAGUUGUUAUAAUUUCAUACCAUGUUUAAAUUGGAAGGCUUGAGUUGAUCUUGGCGUGGAUUUUUCGUUUCUAAUCAAAAUUCCAACAGAAGACCUGUUUCACAUGUGGUAGGUAUGAAAAGCCUAUGAAAUAGUUUUAAAUUUUAUGUAUGUCUUGAAGUUUAAAGACAUUUAAAGCAAAUACAAGCUGUGAAUUUACAUCAUGAAAAGGAAAUAAGUUUUUUAUAUACUGGAUCUUAACAGUUCAUGAAU